GUCUUUAAUGUGUUAAAAUAACAGUCUGACCUACUUUAUAGGCAGUCUGGAAUUCGAUGUGAAUUCAUCAAUAAAACUGACAAACAGAGCCAGCAGAGCUCAUUCACCUAUUGAAUCGCAAACUACGCUUGCGCGGUUGCCAUGGAAACGGAAGAUGAAGCUCCAUCUAUCGUCCUUCGCAGCAUCCUCCAUCUGUGCCUCUAAAACAAAAAUACGGAAUUUGUGAUAAAAUCAUGAGUUAAAAAUGAAUUUGUUAAAUCAUUGUUACAUUGAAAUACAAUAAGAUUCCAAGAUGUCACGUCGACAUUACUACAUACUUCUCUUGCUACUGUACUCCGGCGUACAGUUCGCCUCAGCUGACAUAGACAGACGAAGGUUUUCAAACCCUACGUAUUACAAUGUAGGAGGAGUGCUCUCGAGCAACGAAUCUAUCGCUUUCUUCAAGGAUACUAUUUCAAAUUUGAAUUUCAAAGACCAAUAUGUACCUCGAGGAGUGACCUACCAUGAUUACUCAAUGCUUAUGGACCCGAAUCCUAUUAAAACAGCACUGAUGGUCUGCAAGGACCUCAUUGCACACCGCGUGUAUGCAGUCGUAGUAUCACAUCCUUUGACUGGUGACCUCUCGCCGGCAGCUGUGUCGUACACCAGCGGGUUCUACCACAUCCCGGUCAUAGGCAUAUCGUCCAGAGACUCGGCCUUCUCCGACAAGAACAUACACGUGUCAUUCCUUCGCACCGUCCCGCCGUACUCGCACCAAGCUGACGUAUGGGUGGACGUGUUAAAACAUUUCAAUUACAUGAAGGUCAUAUUCAUUCAUAGUUCUGAUACGGACGGAAGGGCUAUAUUGGGCCGCUUCCAGACAACUUCCCAGAGUGUGGAUGAGGAUGUAGACCGGAAAGUGGUUGUGGAGCAGGUGAUCGAGUUCGAGCCGGGGCUGGACUCCUUCAGCGAUCGACUUCUCGACGUGAAGGGGGCCCAAGCCAGGGUGUUCCUUAUGUAUGCUAGCAAAACAGAUGCGGAGAUAAUUUUCCGCGACGCCACUUUCCUAAACAUGACAACUGUGGGAUAUGUAUGGAUGGUGACAGAGCAAGCGCUGGACGCCGCUAACGCGCCCGAAGGUCUGCUAGGACUGAGGCUGGUGAACGCGACCAAUGAACAUGCACACAUACAGGACUCCAUUUACGUCCUUGCAUCAGCAAUCCGCGACAUGAAUACAUCUGAAGAGAUCCACGCACCACCAUCAGACUGCGACAACUCGGGGUCCAUCUGGACGACAGGUCGACUUUUGUUUGAUUACGUCAGAAAGCAGCGUCUGGAGAGCGGGGCGACCGGCCAUGUUGCCUUUGACGACCACGGGGAUAGAGUACAUGCGGAGUACGAUAUGGUCAAUGUGAGGGCCCAAGGGGAACACGUCGCUGUUGGAAAGUACUUUUACUCUAAAGAAACUCAAAAAAUGCGGCUAGAGUUAAAGGAGCAAGAAAUUAUAUGGAUGGGACGUAGCACAUCAAAACCAGAAGGGUUUAUGAUACCGACGCAUCUGAAGGUGUUAACGAUAGAAGAAAAGCCUUUUGUGUACACGCGACGAGUUGAAGAUGGCGGCGACUGUACUCCGGACGAGAUUCCUUGUCCCCAUUACAAUGCCAGUGAGGACACAGAUCAACUCUAUUGCUGUAAAGGUUUUUGCAUGGAUCUCUUGAAGCACCUAUCAAAAGCGAUCAACUUUACGUAUUCUUUAGCUCUGUCACCUGAUGGACAAUUUGGAAAUUAUAUUAUACGCAAUCUUACACAACCGGGAGCUAAGAAGGAAUGGACGGGACUUAUAGGAGAAUUAGUAUAUGAACGUGCAGAUAUGAUUGUGGCACCUCUUACAAUUAACCCUGAACGCGCAGAGUUCAUUGAGUUCAGUAAGCCAUUUAAAUAUCAAGGAAUAACGAUCCUGGAGAAAAAGCCAUCACGGUCAUCGACCUUGGUGUCUUUCUUGCAACCAUUUUCUAACACUCUAUGGAUUCUGGUGAUGGUAUCAGUCCACGUGGUUGCACUGGUACUGUACCUUUUGGACAGAUUUUCACCGUUUGGAAGAUUUAAAUUAGCUAAUAUUGAUGGCACAGAAGAAGAUGCUUUGAAUUUAUCCAGUGCGAUUUGGUUUGCUUGGGGAGUGCUGUUAAACAGCGGUAUUGGUGAAGGCACUCCUCGCAGCUUUUCAGCACGUGUGCUUGGCAUGGUGUGGGCUGGGUUCGCCAUGAUCAUUGUAGCCUCGUACACUGCGAACUUGGCUGCCUUCCUCGUGCUUGAGCGACCUAAGACCAAGCUCACUGGAAUCAACGACGCUAGGGACUGCUCGAUGGUGCCGUAUGAGGGGGAGCUCCGUAAUACAAUGGAAAAUCUGACGUGCGCAACGGUAAAGGGGUCGGCCGUUGAUAUGUAUUUUAGACGACAAGUUGAAUUGUCGAAUAUGUACCGAACGAUGGAAGCAAAUAAUUACGAUAACGCUGAGCAGGCUAUUGAAGACGUUAAGAAUGGUAAACUAAUGGCAUUCAUUUGGGACUCGUCACGGUUGGAAUUUGAAGCAGCCCAAGAUUGUGAACUGGUUACCGCCGGGGAACUGUUUGGUCGUUCAGGAUAUGGCGUUGGCUUACAAAAAGGUUCUCCUUGGGCGGAUCUUGUCACACUAGCGAUAUUGGACUUUCACGAAAGUGGUAUAAUGGAAUCUCUGGACAAUCUAUGGAUCCUUAGAAACAACAUGUUGAAUUGUGAGGAAAACGAGAAAACACCGAAUACUUUGGGCUUGAAGAACAUGGCCGGAGUGUUCAUCCUCGUGCUGGCGGGAAUCAUAGGCGGCAUAGUGCUUAUAGUGAUCGAGGUGGUGUACAAACGACACCAGAUCAGGAAACAGAAGAGGAUGGAGAUCGCGCGCCACGCGGCCGACAGGUGGCGCGGCGCUGUCGAGAAACGGAAGUCACUUCGAGCAGCGAUCCUGCCAUCGCAGCGUCGUGCUAAGUCCAAUGGCGUGAAGGAAGCGGGCAGUAUCAGCCUGGCUGUGGAGAGAGGAGCACGUCGACGGGACGAGCCACGGGUCCCGCGCUACCUGCCAGCCUAUACACCUGAUGUCUCACAUCUCGUGGUGUGAAGCGAAAACUAGAUACAUAGUAUGUAGCAAGUGUUAUUUAACUCGUCAAGCCGAUUGUUCGGCUGUUUACUCAAAGACCAGCAGUUCCUAAGAAAAUCUACCUACUGCGGAAAUAGAUACUAAGUUGAUGUUGUGCGUCCUUAUGAUAGAAUUAAAUCGUUGCUGUGAACUUAGCCAAAUUACUACUAUAAAUAGAAUUUACAAGGCUCAAGUUAGAUAGAAUUUCGUUUGAAAUUUUAUAGAAGCACAUUGUUUUAUGUGCGACAAUUACAGGCCUGGUGUAGGAUUAAUUUCACGUUUCGUGAAGUCAAAGAGUGUUCAAGACUUGCAAUAGUCGAGAUUAGUUGGAACACAUGAACACUCCAUUUGUUUACGAAUCUGUGACAACUUUAAACUCCAAAUAGCUGUGACUAGUUGUAAGGUUUUACUAAUGUGUAUUGAAGUUAUGUAUGUAUAGCCCUAUUCAAAUGGUACUAAUGAAUGUCUACAAAAAUACCCAUUAAUUAUAAGUGUUAGUCUGCCAUUAGAUCAACUGUUGUGAUCAAUAAUAAUUUAUACAAGAAUUUCAUAUUUAUAGUGUCUUAUGUGGUUUCAGUAUUAACAGACGUGAUUAAUGUUAAUUAUGUAUACUUACGUUUUGAUAUUACCGAUUCAGUAUUAAAUUGUGUCAAAAUAAAUAAGUAUUAUUUUCGGUGGUUUACUUGAGUUUUAUUCACAGAGGGAAGUAAAGGUUAGCUAAAUAAAACAUCAUUUCAACACAUCUAUAUAUUUACAUAAGGAUUUUAACAGUGCUAUAUGGGAAUUAUAUAUAGUACCUACGUAACAAGAGCUAUGGUGCUCUUUUAGCCACUGUCAAAAGCAAGCCAAAAUGUUACAUUGCCAGGAUAAACAUAGUAGGAAUGUCUUGGGCAGCUGCAAGGUUCCCGCGCGACACCACACUGCGCGCAGCCAAAUCUUUGCCUCGAUUUAGGUGAACAUAGCAUGGGAUGCUGCCGUCACGCGACAACCUUACAGCCUACAAUUAUUCCAUAAGAUAACAUGAAUGGC